GUCCAUCAGUUAUAUGUCAUGAAAUACGCAUGCUCGGUAUACUUUUUACUCCCACCCCUUUAACGAACUGCAUCAUGCAAUGGAUCAUGCUUCUUGGGCGCAACCAUUACGAAGAAAUGCACUUGGUCUAAAAGUGAUACAUUGCCAAAUCUAAGAAUCUCUGUUAGUUUUAAUUAAUCGUGUCUCAUAAACGUUCGUGCAAAAGGAAAUAGAGUGAGGAUGCAGGGUAAAGACAAAACGGCAUUCUUUUUAUCAGCGAUAUUAAUUUUAUGCAUUGGCGUUUAUUAUACCAAUGCGAGGCACAUUAUAUCGAAACGAAAUUACAGUGAUCAGAGUGUCAGAGGAUACUUGGCAGAGAGGACCUGUUGGUGGAACGAAGUAUGUAAAGAAGAAUUUCAUAGUAAAUUUCGUUGUCGGUGUCCAAGAUGGUCUUAUUGUCGUUCUCCUGGAAGAUAUUACGAUGCACAUUGCAGCAUGACGCGCACCGGUUAUAUUUGGACUCAGCCGGAAACCUCGCUAACUCUGGAAAUCGAUAAGUAACCGGGACAACAUAUACAUAUGUAUGUAUUGAAUAUUUAGUUCUGUUUACGAUAUGCCAGAUAUCGUUUUUAAUCGAAUCCAAUCUUCUUCUACUACUAUUACCACCAUCCACCUCUACCACUACUACUUUCACAUGAUUUUUAAUCUACAUUGUUAUUGUACGAUUCGAUAAACGAAUUUAAUACGAUUAGAAUUUAACGAAAUGAAAUCAAAUGAAAUGAAAUCAAAUGAAACGAAGUGAAAUUAAAUGAAAAUGAAAUUUUAGAAAUCUUUUGAACAUUUUUAUGUAGCAUCAUAGAUAAGAUGAUACGAUUAGUAUGUUGACUAAAUCUAUUAUAAUAAUUAUUCAAUUGAUAAUAUUCGCACAAGUUAUUCAUGCGGCACCAUGUUGUUAUUAAUCUAAUAAUAAGAUAAUAUUCGUGAUAUUUGAAUAUUUUUUAAUAAAUUAAUUCUCAUUAUUAAUUAACGUUCGAUUUAAAAGAAACAAAAAAAAAUGUUCAAGCGUGAUAUUCGAUCUUGUAUUACACACGUAUUACAUACUAUACACGCGUUAUUGUUAUUAAAAAUAAGGCACAUACACAUGCGAUUCUUCAUUACUGCCAUAAAUUUCUAAUAGAAAAUGUUAACAGAAAAAUUAAUUUUAUUCCUAUGGAAUAAUAUUAAUAAWAAUA